GACGGUGUUUACUGACAUUCCAUUUUGAGUGAGCUGAAAUGUCAUAAUAACAUAAUAACAAUAACAAACAUCUUCAACAAACAAACGGGUGUCUUAUACAAUAGCUUGCAAUAAAGUAGCCUAGGCAUACAUAGUCUACUUUACAAUACGAACAUAAACAACCGAAACAACAUGUUAUUUGAAGGUUUAAAUAUUUGAGGCAAAGCCUAUGACUGUGAAAGGCAAUGAUUUAAAUAAUUUUCUACUUACCUGCAUUGCUGUCGAACGAUCCUCCUUCCGAAUGACGUCAAAACACUUCAAAGUUGCUCUGACUGCUAUUCUGGAGAAAAAAAGAGAGGACCCUUCUCCGGGAAAAGAGAGAGUGCCAGCGCAACUAAGUCCCACCCAAACAGGCUACACCUAUUACCUCCCCCUGGACGUAAAACGGGGGUAGAUACAUCACACAAACUUAGUAUUGUUCGCCCAAGACUAUGGACAAGUUUCUCCUGCAAUUUCAUUGAAUAUAACACAUUUUGGAAACAAUGCGACCUGGAAGUGGAAUAGUUAUUGCUGCCUUGUUCAGCCUGGGCUGCAGCAUGACACUGACAGCGGACAAGAAAGUGUGUCAGGGGAUCAGCAACAGGCUGACGCUGCUGGGGACUGUAGACGACCACUACAACAACCUGGUGAGGAUGUACAGCAACUGUACUGUGGUCCUGGAGAACCUAGAGCUUACCUACAUCCAGGACUACCACGACCUCUCCUUCCUCAAGUCCAUUCAGGAGGUUGGAGGCUAUGUUCUGAUCGCCGUCAACAAGGCAGCCAUCAUCCCACUGGAGAACCUGCGUCUGAUCCGAGGACAUUCCCUCUACGACAACAAGUAUGCCCUGGCUGUCAUGUCCAACUACGAGAAGAACCACUCCUCUGUGACCCUUAACUACACACGGGGCCUGAGGCAGCUGAUGCUGAGAGGACUGACAGACAUUCUCAAGGGAGGGGUGAAAAUUGCCCACAAUCCUUUGUUGUGUAAUGUGGAGACCAUCCAAUGGUGGGACAUGGUAAACAAGGCCGGCAACCCCCGUAUGGAUUUCAAACUGGAGAGCUAUGGCCGUUACUGUGGCAAGUGUGACCCUGGAUGCUACAAUGGAUCAUGCUGGACACCAGGACCAGAGAACUGUCAAACAUUUACCAAGCUCAAGUGUGCAGAGCAGUGCUCUGGAAGGUGUAGGGGUCCUAAACCCAGUGACUGCUGUAACGAACACUGUGCUGCAGGGUGCACCGGCCCCAGGCCUACAGAGUGUCUGGCCUGCAGAGACUUCCAGGAUGAUGGGACAUGUAAGGAUGCCUGCCCUCCUACAAUGAUCUACAAUCCCAACACCCACCAGCUGGCUUCCAACCCUAACGCCAAGUACACGUUCGGGGCCACUUGUGUGAAGACCUGCCCACAUAACUAUGUGGUGACGGACCACGGGGCGUGUGUCCGAACAUGCGGUGGCAACACACACGAGGUGGAGGAGAAUGGUGUCAGGAGGUGCAAGAAGUGUGAUGGAAUCUGUCCAAAAGUGUGCAAUGGACUUGGAAUGGGGCCGCUUACUGCCGUCUUGUCAAUCAACGCCUCUAACAUUGAUUCUUUCAAAAACUGCACCAAAAUCAAUGGCGAUGUUUCAAUAAUUGGAACCUCUUUGAAUGGUGAUAGGUACACAUCAACACCAAAAAUGGACCCUGCCAAACUGGAUUAUUUCAGAACUGUGAAGGAAAUUUCAGGGUUUCUGCUCAUACAAGCUUGGCCAAAGCACCUCGAUUCUCUUAGUGCAUUUGAAAACCUGGAGAUUAUCAGGGGAAGGACCAAACAGUUUGGUCAGGUGAGUUUUGCUGCCCUGAACGUGGCCCAUCUGAAGUAUCUAGGCCUCCGCUCCCUACGAGAGAUCAGCGAUGGCAACAUUGUGGUGAAGAACAACCCCCACCUCUGCUACAGCAACGGAGGCCACUGGAAUGGCCUGUUCAGACUGGACAAACAGUUAGCAAGGGUGGACAACAAUGCCAACAUCAGCACAUGUGCCCAGCUGAACAGUACCUGUGAUGACAUGUGCACUAAGGAGGGCUGCUGGGGGCCCGGUCCAACCAUGUGUUUAACCUGCCUGUACUACGCCCGUAGGGGCCGCUGUGUGGGGGCCUGUCACGUACUGGACGGGACACCAAGAGAGUAUGUGUUGAACAACAUGUGCCUAGAGUGUGACCAGGAAUGUAUGGUGAAGAACGGAACAGGAAGCUGCUUUGGAUCUGGCCCUGACAAGUGUGUGGAGUGCGCCCACGUCAAAGAUGGUCCCCACUGUGUCUAUCGGUGCCCACGCGGCGUUCUUGGGGACGUGGACAGGCCCAUCUGGAAAUACGCUGACAAGAACAGAGAAUGUCAGCUCUGCCAUGAGAACUGCACCGACGGAUGCUCUGGACCUGGACUGAAUGGCUGCAAUGCCAGAGGUGGUCCCAUCCCGUCGGCGGUGGCUGCCAGUGUGGUGGGAGGCCUCCUGGUGUUUGUGGUCCUGGCCUUGGGUGUGUUUGUGUUAGUCCGCAGACGUCACAUCGUCAGGAAGAGGACGCUGCGCCGCCUGCUGCAGGAAAGAGAGUUGGUUGAACCCCUGACCCCAAGUGGAGAGGCACCCAACCAGGCCCUGCUCCGCAUUCUGAAGGAGACCGAGUUUAAGAAGAUCAAAGUGUUGGGAUCAGGGGCCUUUGGGACUGUCUUUAAGGGCGUUUGGAUUCCUGAGGGAGAAAACGUGAAGAUCCCUGUUGCCAUUAAGGUGUUGAGAGAGGCCACAUCUCCCAAAGCCAACAAGGAGAUUCUAGACGAGGCCUAUGUGAUGGCCAGUGUGGAGCACCCCCACGUAUGUCGUCUGCUGGGCAUCUGCCUGACGUCCACGGUGCAGCUCAUCACCCAGAUCAUGCCCUACGGCUGUCUGCUGGACUAUGUCAAGGAGAACAAGGACCUCAUUGGCUCCCAGUGCCUACUCAACUGGUGUGUACAGAUCGCAAAGGGUAUGAACUACCUGGAGGAGCGUCACCUGGUGCACCGUGACCUGGCUGCCAGGAACGUUCUGGUGAAGACGCCUCACCAUUUGAAGAUCACAGACUUUGGACUGGCCAAGCUGCUCACCGCCGACGAGAAGGAGUACCACGCUGAUGGGGGAAAGGUGCCCAUAAAGUGGAUGGCACUGGAGUCCAUCCUUCACUGGACCUAUACCCAUCAGAGCGAUGUGUGGAGCUACGGUGUGACAUUGUGGGAGCUGAUGACAUUUGGGUCGAAGCCCUACGAUGGCAUCCCGGCCAGGGAGAUCGCUGGAGUCCUGGAGAAAGGAGAGCGCCUACCUCAGCCCCCCAUCUGUACCAUAGACGUCUACAUGAUCAUGGUCAAAUGCUGGAUGAUCGAUGCAGACAGCAGACCACGGUUCAGGGAGCUCAUCUCUGAGUUCUCCAAAAUGGCCCGGGAUCCAUCUCGCUAUCUGGUCAUUCAGGGAGAUGAUUGCAUGUACCUGCCCAGUCCCACGGACUCUAAGUUCUACCGUAGCCUGAUCAGUACAUCAGAGGACAUGGAGGAUGUGGUCGAUGCCGAGGAGUAUCUUCUCCCCGACAAGACCACCCAGCACCACAACUCAGGGAAUGGCCAUCUGAUGAGAGAGAACAGUGUGAUCCUUCGCUACAUCACAGACCCCACCCAUGGUGGUUCUCUAGAGAAAGACAUCACAGACCACACCCACAGAGGUUCUCUAAAGAAAGACAUCACAGUCCCCACCCACGGUGGUUCUCUAGAGCAAGAUCUCGCUGCUCUUCCAGAAUACAUGAAUCAGAACACCAAGCUCUCUGAUGUCUUCAACCCCAACUAUGAGGACCCCAGCGUGCCAGCCUGGGCUACUCGGACCUCCUCUGGGUACGACCCGGACAACAAGUUCUUCAACUCCCUGCCACGCGUGCCGGAGGGACCCGAGUAUCUCAACAUGGCCCGCAGUACCCUCCCUCGCUCUGUAUGUGAGAGCAACCCAGACUACCAGGAGGACUUCCUGCUUCAGGCCACACCCACCAGUAGUCACUUCCUGCCCGCAGCAGAGAACUUGGAGUACCUCGGAUUGAGCGCUGCUGUACACACCCCUGUACGCUAGAGGACUCCUCCCACAGAUCUUAGGGGACAGUGAGGAACAAUGGGACCUGAAUAAACUUGGAUGGAGACAGAUGUGGGACAUCAGUGAGGUUUUGGAGGAAUUUCUCAUGUGGUUGUCCCUUUAUUUCUGGAGGGAAUAGGCUUCAUGGAGAUGUCAGCUGUGAACUGAUGCUCCUGGAAAUGAUGUUCUCUAUUUCAAAUCCAUGGAUCAACCAUCAAUUUAGAUUACUUUGAGUGACUUUCAGAUCAGAAGAAUGAGCCAAAGCCUUGACAUAACAAUUGUCAUGCAAAUCAUUUUUACAGUCCGGGUCGAGUGUGUUUUUUUAUUUGUCUUGCCAUGAAAUGUGAAGAGGACGGAGUAGACACAGACCACUAAGGCUGGACACUGAUGGACAGUGUGCUUACAUUGUAUUGUAGACAUUCUUUACAGCUCUGCUCUCUGGUUGUACACACUUGAAUGUCAAGACUCAAUUUGGUGUACCAAGCUACCGGUAACUAACAGGGUCAAUCCAAAGGCUUUUGGAAAAUGACACAGAUGUACAGAUUGUGUAGAUCAAUGCAUGUUUCGCACAAGACCCACAAGACAGUAAAUAACUAUUUAUUCUAGGUUAUUCGGGUCUCACUCGGAAAGAUAAGUCUUACCUCUUACUAGUAUUAAUCAUUUAAAUUGGGCCAUAGUAACCAUAAAGACAUACGUUUAGGACUCAAUUCAAUCUGGAUCGCUGAAACGAUACUGAUUGCGGAAUAGAAAUGUAAAGGUGAUUUCAAAUCAAGCUGCAGCGUUUACUGUGAAUGAGAAUUGUCAUUGCCGUGGUGACAAUAUAAAGUAAGACAUUACUGAACAGGUACUUUACUGGAAAAGUACAAAUAUAUACUAUAAAGUACCAUAACUACACAAAUGUACAGCCCACUUUAACAUAUUGAAUAUCUUUCAGGUUAAGGUGUUGAUGCUGUAUCUAGAGGUCAUCUUCUGGUACCAUCAGUGUUCUCUCUUUCCUUAGAUACUGAGGCUGAUGGGGGAAAGGAAGGUCACCAAACAGUGUGUGGUAUUGAAUGGUUGUUGCAGACAUUUAAGUGGAAUUUAAAUUGUUGUCUAUACCCGUUUAUCACUAUUGAAAUGUUCGGGUCAGUCACAAGCCUGGGCUGACAAUUCAAUUUUGAGUGCCAUUCGUGGACUUGGAAUAAUUGGGUCAGAUAUUCAAAAGAGCAAAUGUAAUUAAAUGUUUGCACAUAGUGACCUAGUAAAAUGCCCUUUCCAGAUUUUUAGAUUUUAAGCACAAAUCAUUGUCAACCUAUUCUCCACUUAAAAUAACCUUGAAUAGGUGUUAAAUAUUGUAUAGGGACUUUUGAAUGUGCACUAGUUUACUUCCAUCAUUGUCAAUAAUGGAUUAAACCCAUUACUGUGAACUAAAGUAUGUAAGUGUUGGUUUUAGAUUUACAAUAGCUCAUUGGCAAUGAAGAUAUAUCAUUUGGGGGAAAAUAGUUGUGGGUUGUGAUUUGAAAGAAAGGGAACAUUGAACCCUAAAAAUGUACAAAUGCGAUAAAUGUUUACAAUACAUAAAGCAUACAGCAUUGUUCAUUGUAAGGGUCUAGUUGAGGACGAGAACGUCAAGUGUGUCAUGUAGACUCUUCGCUCUUGUUAACAAUAGGUGUAAUGUCACAUUGUUUGUGAAAUUCCUUAAUGUCUAACAAAACCAAAAUGUGAUACUGUCGAUGCCUGAAUUGCACAUCCACGUGCAAAUUCACUUUCAGUUGAUAUAGUAUUAAUGUACAAUACCAAUUCAAAUGUAUUUCACUAGAAGUUAGUCUUAAGCAAUGUUAAAAGGUUAGAUACUUGUAUGUAAAUGAGCACUUCCUGGAAAUCCCUUCUCCGUGACUCUGUCCAUUGCCUUUUUUGAACCAAUAAUGGCUCGUGCCCUGUUUUUGUGAUUGUGUAUGAUAGGGGUUAGAAGUGUAAUGCAUGCAAGUAGAAAACAGUUGGCAAUUCAACUCAAUCAAGCAGUUGGUAAUUGUGAGACUACUACCCUCUCUUUGAGCCAAGUGUUUGACACGUUACCAUGACCUUCCUGUGUUUGUAUACUGCAUCUAGUAGUAUUGUGUUUAGGAGAUCACUUUCAAUUGUGCACUUCACACAUUAAAAUUACAAUGUUCCACUGUAAACCUGUCCUAGAUGCUACGAUGCUGUAAAAUAAAGAGUUUAAUC